UUCAAUGGAGUAGAGCAAUUAAGGUGCAAGAUGCACAGACUUGUCCCCUUGUGCGUCAGAUGAGGUAGGUGGGCGUUCCAGCACCUGCCCUGCAGUGAUCAGUAAAUCAGUGACUGUGAACCAUUGCCUUCUGCUUCAGAGAUGACAAGUGUGCGUUCAGCAGGUGGCGAAGCCUGAACAGAGUAGAAGACGGGAGAGAGGAGAGAAGAGGACGGAGAGAGAGUGAGAGAAAGAGGAGGCAUACAGGGACAGUAGAGGGGAGGAAUGAGGAGGUUUUUCAGAGUGCACAGGAAUGAAGACUACAGCCAGAUCCAGUAUCUCACUGCCAAGUGUAACCGCCUGUCCCAGGAAAAUGCAGUGCUGGAGCGUGAGUGCAUGGUGGCCAGGGAGGGUGAGCGGGCGCUGCAGGUGGAGAACGAGGGCCUGGGCCUGCAGCUGAGGCAGAAGGAGCAGGCCAUCCUGGAGCUCAGGGUCACACACGACCAGCUGAUCAACCAGCUCAACCAGGAGCAGGAGCUGGUGGAGAUCCUGAAGCAGCGUGUGCGCUGCAUGGCGGAGGAGAGCUGCAAGGAGGCGGCCCUGCUGGGGAUGCAGCUGGAGCAGGUGGGCAGCGAGCUGCAGCUGCUGCUGGCCUCUGAGGCCCGGCUGGAGGGCCUGCUGGAGGAGCAGAGGGAGCACGCCCGACGCACACACGCCCAGCUCAGCAGCCUCAAGACACAGCUGCACAGCAGGACGCGGGAGCUGGAGGAGCUGCAGGCGGAGCACGCGGCCGUGACGCAGGAGCUGGAGGAGACGCACAGCGCCCACCAGAGGACAGUGGAGGAACUGCGGCGGGAAAAUGAAGGAAGCCUGAAGAAGCUGCGCGAGACGGCCGAGCAGUUUGAGUGGCUGUGCGAGCAGCAGCGCGUCUGGAUGUGUGGCUUUAAGAGAUUCAAAGACAACCUGUCCGAGGAGAAAGAAGCCUUGGUCCAUCAAGUCGACAGGUUGCAGAAGAAGGUAACAGAUUUGCGGAAAAACGUCAACCCUUCAACUCAGGACGCAGAGGAUGUAGACAUCCCACGGUGUAACAGCAGCUUCCCCUCUCCCACCUCGUGCCGUAGGGGUAGGGCCCCCUGGGACGCCGACGUGCUGUCUGGCCUCCAGGCCGAGGUGGACAGGUGGAGGGGCAUGUACCACGACCUCUUCAGCAGACUCGCUCCAGCACAGGGGGAAGAUGCUGUCGACGGAUACCAGAAACCCCCGUGAGGACCCCGUGGAAGAGAAAGGCCCACGUUCAGCUUCUCUCUCUUUUUGACUCCUUCAACCAUCCCCACCC